AUGUUACGCCCGAUAAUGAAGCUGCCAGUGCGUGCACUGGCUAUGGCCCGCGUAUCACAGCCAGUUGCCACAACGACUGGAUGGCGCUUUUUGUCAAUGUCAGCUAGGACACAUGCAGCCUCAGCUGCCAAGCCUACGCCGCCAUCGCCAAACGAUUCGUUCGCAAAUACCACUAACGCAUACUAUGCUGAGGAGAUGCAUCGCCGCUGGAGGGAAGAUCCAUCAUCCGUUCACAGCAGCUGGGAUGCGUAUUUCAAGGGCAUGGAUGAACACGGUCUCCCAAGCGAACAGGCCUUUACUCCUGUACCCAGCCAGAUGCCCUCCUCGACAACGAUGCAUCAUUCUCCUGUUCAUCCUGCCAGUGAUUAUCUGAAGCUUCAGCUUCUUGUUCGUGCUUAUCAGGUUCAAGGUCACUCGAUCGCAAAACUUGAUCCGCUAAAGAUUCUUGAUUCGGAGCGUGCAACUCACGUGCCAAAGGAAUUAGACCCCAGCUUCUAUGGCUGGUCGGAGUCAGACCUGGAUAAGGAGAUGCAGCUAGGUCCGGGCUUGCUGCCGAACUUCGUUAAGAAUGGCAUCGAAAAGCUUACCAUCCGAGAGGUAAUUGAAGCCUGCCAGCGCAUCUACGUGGGCUCCAUCGGUUUCCAGUAUGUUCAUGUGCCAGACCGCAACAUGUGUGAUUGGCUUCGCGAGCGCAUUGAGGUGCCUGUUCCUUACGCAUACACGCGUGAUGAAAAGCACCGUAUCUUCGAUCGCCUCGCGUGGUCCGACUCAUUUGAGCGUUUCAUCGCUUCCAAGUACCCGAAUGAGAAGCGUUUCGGUCUCGAGGGUGGUGAGUCUCUCAUCCCCGGUGUCAAGACGAUCAUUGAUGCGGCCGUGGAUCACGGAGUCAAGUCCAUCACCAUUGGUAUGCCACAUCGCGGUCGUCUGAAUGUGUUGGGCAAUGUGAUCCGUCGUCCUAUCGAAGGUAUUCUGCAUCAAUUUGCCGACAACACAAAUGAAGAAGGUGGUGGCGAUGUGAAGUACCAUCUUGGCGCCAACUACAUUCGCCCCACGCCUAACGGCCAAAAAGUUGCCCUCUCUCUUGUUGCCAACCCAUCGCAUCUCGAAGCCGAAGAUCCUGUUGUGCUUGGAAAGACGCGUGCACUUCAGGACUUUGAUGGCGAUACGGAGCACAUCAACUCAAUGGCACUCUUGAUGCACGGCGAUGCCGCGUUCGCCGGCCAGGGUGUGGUCUAUGAAACUAUGGGCAUGUACAACCUGCCCAAGUACGCGACGGGCGGUACGAUUCACAUUGUUGUGAACAAUCAGAUCGGCUUUACGACUGACCCGCGCUUCGCUCGCUCGACACCGUACCCGUCAGACAUUGCCAAAGCUAUCGAUGCGCCAAUCUUCCACGUGAAUGGUGACGAUGUGGAGGCAGUGAACUUCGUCUGUCAACUGGCUGUUGAAUGGCGCCAUCAGUUCAAGAAAGAUGUAGUGAUUGACCUUGUUUGCUACCGUCGCCAUGGUCACAACGAGAUUGACCAGCCUGCAUUCACACAGCCACGAAUGUACAAGGCUAUCAGCCAACAGAAGCCAACGCUCCAACAGUAUAUCGACCGCUUGGUUGAAGAAGGUUCACUGGGAAAGAAGGAAGUGGAAGGCCAUUUGCAGUGGAUCUGGGAGAUGCUGACAGAGGCAUUCGAAAAGAGCAAGUCAUUCGUACCUGAAGAACGACAGUGGCUCUCGAGCGCAUGGGAAGGUUUCCCAUCGCCGACGGAAAUGCAGGAGAAAAUCCUGGAGCAGCGUGAAACAGGUGUGGAUAUUGAUCGGCUCAAGUACAUCGGUGAGGUGUCGGCCUCAUAUCCUGAAGGCUUUACUGUGCAUCGUAAUCUAGCACGUAUCUUGAAGACACGCCAGAAGGCCGUCGAUGAAGGCGAAGGUAUUGACAUGAGCACGGCUGAAGGAAUGGCAUUCGGCUCGCUAGCUAUGGAAAAGAACCUUGUGCGUGUCUCGGGUCAGGAUGUUGAACGUGGCACCUUCUCCCAGCGCCAUGCUGUACUCCACGACCAGGAGAGUGAGCGCACCUACACACCUUUGGCCCAUUUGUCAGACGACCAGGCUCCGUUCAUUAUCUGCAACAGUUCGUUGUCGGAAUAUGGCGCUUUGGGCUUUGAGCUUGGAUUCUCGCUUGUGGAUCCUCGGAACCUUACAAUUUGGGAGGCUCAGUUCGGUGACUUUGCUAACAACGCACAGUGCAUUAUUGACCAGUUCAUUGCAUCCGGCGAGCGCAAGUGGUUGCAGCGCACAGGCUUGGUGAUGAACCUGCCACAUGGUUACGAUGGCCAGGGUCCUGAGCACUCGAGUGCUCGUAUGGAGCGUUUCUUGCAGCUUUGCGAUGACCACCCGUACCACUUCCCAUCGAAGGAACAGCUGGCUCGCCAACACCAGGAUGCCAAUAUGGCGGUCGUCUACUGCACUACUCCUGCGAACUUGUUCCAUGUAUUGCGUCGCCAGGUGCACCGUGACUUCCGCAAGCCGCUGAUCAACUUGUUCAGUAAGUCGUUGUUGCGUCACCCUGAAGCACGCUCUUCGCUAAGUGAGAUGGGUCCGGGUACAUACUUCCAGCGUUACCUUCCUGAGCCUCAUGAGACGGAAGGUAAGGAUGCUCUUGUUCCUCCUGAACAGAUUACGCGCCACAUUCUCACAGUGGGUCAGGCAUACUAUGCCUUGUUGAACUACCGUCGUGAGAACAAUAUCAAUGACGUCGCGAUCUCUCGUAUCGAACAGGUGUCGCCUUUGGACUAUGAGGCGUUACUUAGCAGCAUCGACAAGUAUCCGAAUGCCGACCUGAUGUUUGCUCAAGAAGAACCUCUUAACAAUGGUGCUUGGUCGUACCUUGAGCCUCGUCUGCGUACAAUUUGUUCAAAGUCGCAGCACCACCAGAACAAGGAGUUCUUGGUGUCGUCUCGUCCUCCAUCUAGCUCGGUUGCCACCGGUCAUAAGGCGGCUCAUAUCGCCGAGCUUAAGGGCUACCUGCACGGUGCCUUUAACAGAAACCGCGCAAUCCAUGAUGAGCAAGAAUCGACAUAG